CGCAUCGUCCGGCCGGCGGGGCUUGAAUCGAACGCACGUGGCGUUGAGUUACAGCGCAGUAGAUGACAACAGGAAAAACCUGCCGCGGUGAGGGCUCAUCUGUGGCUGUGCUGCCUGCCAAGACGGUCUGACCGAGUCCCAGCACGCAUCAAGAGGACAGUUAUGGACGAAACUCACAGCUUCGAUUCGGCCCAACGUCCAGACCGGAGGCAGAAGCCGACCUCGGCUCCGGUGAAGUUCUUCCCUGGUCCUCUGGAGAUCCUGGAGGAGAUCUUCCUGAAUCUUCCUCCUGAUCAGGUGGUUCGUGUAUGCCGGUCGGUGUGCCGUCAGUGGAAAGAGGUGGCCGACAGUGAAUCCCUGUGGAGGGAGAGGUGUCGAAGAGACGGAUAUCGCCUCCGUGAUGCUUCAAAAACACCCAGAGGCUGGAGGUUGUUUUACUUCUUGUGCAAAAAGAGAAGAAAUCUUCUCAAGAAUCCAAGAGCAGAACACCUGAAUGGCUGGCAGAUUCUGAGGAAUGGUGGUGAUAGAUGGGCAGUACAUGGAGUCAGAGUGCCACAUCCAGACGAGACGGUCCAGAAAAACUUUGUUACCUCUUACCAAAUGUGCAGGAAGUCGCAGCUUAUUGAUUUCAAGAAGGAAGGUUACAACUCAUCAUUUAUGGAUCACUUCCAGCCAGACAUCAGAAUAUCUGAUUGGUAUUCACCAAGAACAGACUGCGGCAGUAUGUAUGAGAUUCAUGUAGAGUUGCUGAAUCAAAGGCAGGAGCCUGUUCAGACAUUUGCUCCUGCGCCUGUGUGCUUUAAGCAGUGGAAUGAGGAGAGAUGGAAUCAGAUGACCCGUGUGUUCCAGAGCUACGGACCAGGAGUGAGAUACAUCCGUUUUACCCACGGAGGCAAGGACACGCAGUUCUGGAAAGGAUGGUAUGGAAUUCGUGUUACCGACAGCUGCGUUGAGAUCUGUCCAGCAAUGGAGACAUAGCUGUCUGGGAUUCAUCUAAUGCCUGCUUCCUGCCUUCACCUGAAACUGCACCUUUUUAUAAUUGCAAAUGCAAUUAUUGAACGUGUAAAACGUGUUCAGAUUUAUCA